UUUUAAAUUUCAAAAAUGACCUAAGUCUUAGAUAAAAAACCCAACCAGAUAUCAUUUCACAGAUCGGAGACGUGUAUGGAGGUUCCGCCCAAUGCCAGCUGCGCCUUCGCCGUCCGCCGUCCGCGUAUCCGCCCUCCACCCUCUGCGGCUCCGCCCUCUGUCCUCUGCGGCUCUGUUUUCCAUCCUCUGCCCUCGGCCUUUGCUUGCUCGGCUUCUCCGGUGCUCGUUGAAUCACGGUGUAAAUGUGUGUUGGUUUCCGGUUUGCGGGUUUCCAAUUUUUUUUUUGCUUGCGGAGAUGAUUGUGGCUUUGUGAGUUCUGUGUUCUUCUCCUCCAUUGAUUCGAAGAAGGCUAACAGGUGCAUUCUAAAAAAAUAUGUACAUAAAGAUGGUGAGGGUGAGAAGAUAUACGAGGAACAAAGAAAAGAGAGACAACCCUGGUGAAAUGUGUAUAAAGAUGAAACACACGAAAGUAGAAGAAUUGAAUCAAAUGUUAUAAAUUUAUAAUAGAUAAAUAUAGUAGAUUGAAAUAUACAUUUGUUGUAAAACUUUCAUAUUUUUUUGUUGCUUAUUAUUAUUAUUAUUAUUAUUAUUGUGCAUAUGUUGCU